GCAAGAAGGAAAAGACUUUGGAACAACCCUGUUCAACAACUGUAGAAGAGCCUGAGCCUGAGCCUGAGCCCGAGCCUCAGCCUCAGCCUGUUCCAUAUGUUCUGCAAGGAGAGGACAUCCAGGCCCUUGAAAUAAGGGCGGAGGACCUGGAGAAACUCCACGCUCCGCGCCUCGCCCGCCGUGCUGCCAGAAUUCCAGUUCGCAGGAAUUACCUGGUCCGAAAAUCCCGGCCCAAGGAGGUGGCACAUCUCGUGGCACAUCCUGUUCCCCCCAAGGCACCCAUGGGACCGCUGACUUUUCCUGGAUCGAGACAGUUUGAUGAUGGCUGUGAAGAGAUCCUCCCUCAUCACAUUUUGGGAAGUCUCCAGGAGUUAAGGACGGAAGCCUUGGCCAAAAGAAACACUCGGCUAGCAGGUGCUAUUAAGGUUCCUCAUCCAGAUGUUACUGCAGCAGCUUUAGAAGAGGAGCAUGGAGGAGAGGAGAAAGAAAAGGCACAUCAGGCCCAACUAACAGAGCACAAAGCUUUCCAGAACUGGAGGCAUCAUAUGGCAAUGAGGAAAAAGCAGGAGAAACACCUAGGAGAAAUUCUUCACAAGCCAGAGAAUGAAUUGCUGAUGAACAUGUCAGACAAUUACAGGCAAAUCCAGGAAGAACGUGACCUCAUUGACCGGAGUCUCCCUGCCCUGUUUCCUGGAAAGGGAUACCGAGUGGGAAGCGAGUUCUGGAGCCUUCCUGAGCAAAUUGGGGAUGAACUCACCGGGCUGACCCUGACCCUGACCCGGACUGAAUGUGGGCACCCAGAACCUCUCACUCAUGUGGGGAAACCCCGAACUGUCCAGAGGGAAACAGGUCUGAAGCCUCCAAAGAAGAUUCCUUGCCACCUAAACUGGGAUAAGAGUCUUUUCCUGAAACAUCGACGGCAGGAGCUGCAAUCUGUCCUAGAGGAGCUGGGCUUUUAUAAGCCGGAUCUGGAAGGACUGGAGGUGAUUGGGAGAGGGCAGCCUUUCACAUCUGUCUCAGCUAAGGCUUUUCUACCUACCACCAUUUCUGAAGAGAUUGAGAUCCCUGACUCCUUAGGUGACUCCUUCAUUGAGGUUCCAGAAGCUGAAAAAGUUCCAUCUUUAGUUUUCUGUGGCGAGCCUGCUCGUUGGAUCAAGGGCAUCACUACUUGCAGGAAGGAAAUUGGUAUUGCUGCCCGCCUCACCUUUGAGACUCUGGCUAGUGAGAAGGCUGAAAGCUUCCUGACAGUGACCAAUGAUGGCAGAGCUUCCAUUUGGUACCACUGGAUGAGGCUUCCCCAGCAGAUCCCCUCCAGAGAAACCAGGGGGAGGAGAGUGCCCUGCUUUUACUUUGAUACCAGACCAGGUGUAAUUUUGCCUGGAGAAACUCUGAGGUUUUCUUUUAUUUUCAAGUCAGAGACAGCAGGCAUUUUCAGCGAGCCCUGGGAAUUUAGGACACAUCCCCUGUUAUUAGGAGGAGCUCUGCUUCAGGUGACCCUUUGGGGAAUUGCUGUGUAUGAGGAUAAAUUGGCUGUCUUCAGAGAGAAAUUGGAGAGUGAGCUGGCUGCUCGAGAAGGUGCUACCAUAGUGAAAGAAUGUGUGAAUGAACUGCUUAAGCCAAUUCGGACGCCCGAGCGCACCCCAUCUCCUGUGGAUGCCUGUGUCACAGAGGAGGAGCUGUUCCACAGGAUAAAUCCCAAGUUGCAUUAUCAGCAUCAAGUGGUAAAGCAGCUGCAUAAACUAUGGAGACAGCACCUGACUGUGCCUUCAGUGUUGGAGGAGGAAGUGCCCUUGGACCAGAGGAGCACUGCAGAGGACAUGGAGUACCAAGAGAGCACCUUGGAGCCUCCCUCUGUCCAGAGCAGCACCACUGAGCUCCCGUGUGGGAAGCAUGCAUCAGAGGAUGCUCCAAGGGAAAAGAGCACUGAGGAGGAAGAAGCAGGUCCUUCAGGAUGGAACCUUUCCCUCGAUGACUUUAAACAGGCUAUAAUGUCAAUCUCCGGGGAGGAGCAGCAGGAAGAAGCACUGACCCAGCUCAAUAAGGCAGCUCUGCAGCUUUGUGUUGAACAGAGGCCAACUCAGUUAGACCUUCUGUAUCCACUCUGCCUCCAGCUGUGGCGUGGAGCAAUUGAUGACUUGGUGAGUCACUCUCUGAGGCUGAGAUCCGUGCUUGGUUUGGUUAAGAAGGACAUCUAUGCAGAAGCUGUUCCAGAGGAAACAGAGGAAGUAAAGCAAGGAGGAGCAAAAAAAGGAGGAAAGGAAGACAAAAUAGCUACUAAGAAAGAAGAGAAAAAGGAUAAAGAAGGCAAAAAAAGUAGAGCGACAUCAGGAAAGGAGAAAGCAGUCAUGAAAGGAGCAGAGUCCGUCAGAGGAAGACAUGAGAAGCACAAGGUGAAAGAGGAAGCUGCAACUCCAGUUGUGGCAGCAGAACCUGUUCAGGAGCAGGUGGACCCUGUUUCACUUGAAGCAUACCGGGAAAAGCUCUACAUUGAAGUUUACAGGCUGCUGGAUUCAAUGGUGAGCAAAAUGGUGUUGUUAUUUGAGGAUCUGAAGGAGCAACAUGCUCUGGAGUGGGAGUGAAGCCCUUUGUAUGUAGAAACAGACUUGCUUUUAAAAAAUACAAUAAAUAACCAUAUUUACACAGA